AGUAUGUUUGAGGCUAUGUGGCAUGACAUAACUAACCAGACAGGAGGGAACAUUACUGCAGUUACUAUUCCUGUAAUGUUUGGAAGGUCUAUUGAGAUUCCUCAAAGUUGUAGCGGUGUGGCAAGGUUUGACUUCGAGUAUUUAUGUGGACGCCCAGUCGGAGCUGCAGAUUAUAUAGCAAUAGCCAGGAACUACCAUACAAUUUUCAUAUCAGACCUUCCAGCUAUGAGUAUGAAGAUCCGUGACAAGGCAAGAAGAUUCAUCAGCCUUAUUGAUGAGAUGUACAAUCAUCACUGCCGCCUUAUAUGUUUAGCUACCUUACCCAUUGACAAUCUAUUUCAAGGAACUGAGGAGGGGCCUCUUUUUGAUUUAGAGAGUUUCCAGUUUGAAACUGAAGCCGAAGGGUCAAAGUUAAGGAGGGAUGUUUCCGCAGAAGGCAAUAUUGGUGCAGGGCCCUCUACUAGAGGUCUAGUGUCAAUGCUGUCUGGUCAAGAAGAGAUGUUCGCGUUCCGAAGGGCGAUAUCCCGGCUCAUAGAAAUGCAGACCCCGCUGUAUCUCGAGCGCGUCCAGCAUGUCCAUUCUUCCGCCCUUCGACAACAGCAGGGCAUGCCUGUUCUCGCAAAACAGAGCACUGUCUCUCAGUCUGCUCCCUUGUAGACUGGUAGUACCAUUCUAUUCGUUCUUGGAAAAAUAAUCUUGCAACUGUGAGCAAUGAGGUUGGAGAGGCCAAGCUUGACACUGUCGGAAACUGUAUCGAGUAUAUGUAACACAGGUGAUGUCAGCGAGACACGCCGUUGCAUCUGUGCUGUGCAUCUGCACAGGUUUACUUUGCUUUGCUUCCCAGUAAUAUAGAUCCUAGGAGAUAUGAUUACUGGUGUUGUUUGGUGUGCUUUAA